AUGCGUGUCUGGCCUGCCUGGGACUGGGAGGAGAGCUCGCUACGCCGCCUGCACGUGCACGGUGCACUUUGUCUUCCUGCUGUGCGGUGCGUCGGGCUGUGUCUUCCUUCCUGCCUGGACAAGGAGAGGAACAGGAGCGGACUGCGGAGGAAGGAUCCCAGGGGCCAGGGGUACUGGACAACAAGCAACAAGGACGGAGGCUCUUCCUUGCACUCCCUGAACUUUUUCUCUGCCAUGAUGUUGGAACCCAUCCCGGACGUUGUGCCCCAGUUCAUGACUGUAGUGUAUUUGAAUGACCAGCUCAUUGGCCACUAUGAUGACAACAGAAGCAAGUGUCUGCCUGAACCGUCUUGGGCAGAGAAGGUGGAGAAGACAGAGGAUGCCCCCUUCUGGGACUGGUGCACACUGGUUUCCCUGAAGUCCAAGAACGGUUUCAGAGAGGAUUUGUCGAGCCUGCAGAACCACGACAAGCAGAGCAGAGAGCUCCACACCUGGCAGUGCAUACAUUACUGUGAGCUGAGUCAACAUGGAAACAGAACACCACAUUACCGGGUUGCCUAUGAUGGGAAGGACUUCCUCAGCCUCGACAUGGAGACCCUCACCUGGAGGGCAGCUGGAAAUCAUGAGGCGUUGGCCCUGGUGAUCAUGAGGAAGUGGGAAGCUAAGUCUUAUGUCACUCAGGCCAAGGCAUAUUUCACGAAGGAGAAAUGCGUGUGGCUGGAGAAGUUCUUGAAGUAUGGAAAAGAAGCUCUGUUGAGGAGAGAGCCUCCAGUGGUGAAGGUGGUACGGAAGGCAGAGCCCGAUGGUCAGGAGACCCUCAUCUGCCGGGCCCACGGCUUCUACCCCAAGGAGAUCAAUGCCACCUGGAGGAAGGAUGAUCAACCCUGGGAGAAGAAGACCCUCCAUGGCAGUGUCACACCCAACUCAGACGGGACCUACCACACGUGGCUCAGCAUUGAGAUCGACCCCAAGGACAGGGACCACUACCGGUGCCAUGUGCAACAUGUUAGCCUAGGGGAUCCAGUGGACGUGGCUUGGGAGGAGUUUGGCAUCCGUAGAUCCACUUGCCAGUUCUCCCGGUUGGCGGUCAGGGCCUAA